CCGCCACCGCCACCGCCACCGCCACCGCCACCGACGCCACCGUUACAGUCCGGCGAGCAACUAAAAUUUCUUUCGAAGCAAAGCAUGGGUAAAGAAGGGGCAUCGGAAAAUGCAACCCCAAAGAUAGAGAAGAGGAUUAAGACGAAGUCUAAGAAAGUAAAGAAAAAUGAAGAGACUACAACAGAGAUGCAGGAUGCCCAGAGUAUCGAUACAGAGAAGGCAGUUAAGCAUGUUCGAAUAUCUGAGAAAGAAGAUAUAGCUGAAACUGAAGUGGAGAGGGUUCAUAAAAGGGAUAAAAAUAAGAAGAAAAAUAAGGAGAGUAAAGAUAUUGAAGCUGACAUUAAUAAGGAUGCGGGAGAAGGUAAAUCGACUGUUGCAUAUGACGAGGGUGGUAGUGGAGAUGCAGUCGAAAAUGCUGUUAGCAAAAGAAAGAAAAGAGAGAAGAACAAGAAUAAGAACGACGGACUUGAGAUGGAGAAUGGUAGUGAAGCUAAGGGGAACGAGGGUAAAAAACGAGAAAGUACUUCUGGAACAAAUAGUACCAAAGAAGCGAGCAAAGAGAGGAAGAAGCAGAAAGGGAAACGGAAGCUUGAAGAAGUAGACUUUGAGAAAGAGGGAGAGAAAGAUGUAAAAGAGGCUGGGAGAGAUAAACAGAACAAGGAGAAGAAGAGGAAAAAAGAUAAGCAAAAGAGCAAGGAUGGUGAUUUAUCUUCGCUGCAGAAGGAAAAUGCGCCGGAUAAUGUUGACGGGGAUAUUCAGCCAAUUAGUGACGCAGAAAAUGUCACGAAAGAAGUCAAAAGAAAGGAUAAGAAGGAGAAUAAAAAGAAGGAAAAUUCGAAGGACGACUCAUCUGCUGCUUCUCAGCAAAAUUCUGUAGAUAAAGACGGCACAAAAAAAGAUAAAUCGAAAGAUGGCAAAAAGAGGAAGAAGAAAGGCACCAAAUCAGUUGAAAAUGUGUCCGACGGUGCUCAAGAUAAUGGAGUUGAUGCAAGCAAAGGUAAGAAAAACAAAAGGAAGAAAUCAGCAGAAUGUGGUUCAGACAAUCCCACACCUAACAAAAGUAAUAAAAAAGUGAGGUUUUCCGAAAAAAAUGAGGUUUUUACUCUACCGAGUGUUCCCGAUACUGGUGAGGGAGAUCUCGUGAGAGGCAAGAGGUUCACGCUCGAAGAAGAUGAGAUGGUCAAACAGUCUGUUUACAACUACAUAGAGUACAACGACUUGGGCGAUGAAGGUCUCGAUAUGGUUCUGAACUGCAGCAAGCACCCUAAAUUGAAGGGCUGUUGGAAAGAAAUAGCUUCCGCCAUUCCAUACAGACCGACGGAAGCUAUCUAUUUCCGUGCCCACAUCUUAUUCCGAAGGUCCGACAAUCGGAAAUGGACCCAAGAAGAGUUAGACAUGGUAAUCAAGCACCAAGCGGAGCACGGUAAUAAGUGGAAGCCUUUGGCGGAUGAGCUCGGAAAGCACAGAGCUCACUUGAAGGACACCUGGCGCAGGUUAAAACUCCAGAACCAGAAUAAAGGGCACUGGUCUCAAAAAGAGCACCAGAAAUUGUUCGAUCUGGUGAACCUUGACUUGCAGUUGAAGGUUAACGAGGAGAAGAAAUCGAAACACGGGAUGUUGAGGGAUAACAUCUGUUGGACGGCGGUUAGUGAUAACUUGGCGACUCGGCAGUCAGCGGUUUGCUGUCUUAAGUGGUAUAGUCAGUUGACUUCGCCUAUGGUGGCUCAGGGUAUAUGGUCCGAUACCGACGACUAUAGGAUGGUUGACGCGCUUUAUGGGCUGGAUGCGACUUGUAAGGAGGAUGUGGAUUGGGAUAGUCUCGUUGAGGGAAGAAGCGGUGACCUUUGUCUGAAGCGGUGGAAUCAAAUGACUUUGCAUAUAGGUGGCUAUGCGCGUAAGUCGUUUGCUGAACAGGUUGAAGUUUUAGCAAAGAGAUAUUGCCCGCAUCUUAUUGAGGUGAGAGAGGCCUGGGAUAACAAACCGAGGGUUCCUUGAAACGGUCAAAACGGUAAAUUUUACGGUGUUUUAGUGAUUGAUUACUUACUACCCAUUGUAUCGAUUUCUUGUUGGCUGUGUUGUGUUGGUUUUUUGAUUAGUGUACGUUUUGGUCUAUUUGAAAGACAGAUACCUUAAAUUUUCGUGUGUUUUUUAACGUGUUGUUUUCGAUUUGUGUACUAAAUUACGCAAGUU